CCCGACUCACCAGACCCUCGGCCGCUGGACCCCCGCCCGCUGGCCACCCCCCCUCCCCCCGCCAGCAGGGCUUGCCCUACAGAGUCGCGCUUCCUCCGGACCCCAGCCCGCUGACCCCCCCCACCCCCACCCCAGCGGCGCUGACCCCAAAGAGUCGCGCUCCCGCCGGACUCCAGGCGGGACUGGAGCUCUGACCUGGGGCCCUAACGGCGCGGAUCCGGCCCGCGGGGGGCGUAGGGCUGCCUUUACCGGCGGCUUAAAGUUACUUCUCCGAGCCUCCUCUCUGUGUCCGGAAAGCGGGCCCAAGACCCCUUACCCCAAGUCCUUGGGGCCAGAUGGAUGUUGGAGUUCAGUGUUUCGGAUUUGAGGGUUUGGGGUGUGAUGUUUGAGCAAACUCACCUGGAAUCGUUGGGAUCAAGACACUGAAUAGCUUCGUGGCGGGUCAAACCAGGGAUGAAAAACUUUCACUUUGAGGGCUUUUUUGAAUGUCGGAUAAAACAGUGCGAACCUGCUCUCACUUUAUAGGGCCCUAGUGAGGAUGAAAUGAAUAAUGCACCUAUUAGGGACUCAGCAAACGUGACUCUUAGCGCAGACGUUCGGUUUGGGGAUGCCAAGAAGGUCCCUGGACUCAGCAAGUGAUCCUCACCCAAUGGGUGGGGCCGCCCGGGCCCAGAGAGGAGCAGGCACCCACGCGGUGAGGUGCAGCCGGGUCCUGGAAUGCUCGGCCUGGUUAUGGGGCCACACUGGGUGUUUGUAUCUUGGCACACUGUGGGUGGAUGUUGUGGAGGGCAGGACUGGUCAUACUCUCCCACCAGUGACCUUCUCAGAGGCAGCGACAGGCCCUGUGUUUGCGCCAAAAAGGGUGUGGGCAUCUCAGUCCAAGGCCAGACCUCCCCAGCUAGUUCCUGCCUUACACUGGGUGGCUGGACCAAAAGGGCCCUUCCAGAGUAGUUCUCCUACCUUUCCUACCUUAGAGGGUGUUUGGGGAAACAGGCCUCUUGGGUGGUGGCUGGACUUGUGGGACGGAGGUGGAAGCCGGGUCUCCCGAUGUCCCUGCAGGGGCACGGCGUUCUGUGUGUGCGCCUGCCCCAGGGGCCAGCUGUCUUGGCCUGGCAGGUAGCUGUGUGUUACAGGUGGAUAGGGCAGACUCCCAGCCAGCCCGCCCCGAGCGCUGCGGGGUUUGGCUGUUGACUUUGCCCUGCCCAGUGUCACAGCAGCCGGGUGUCCAGGGUGCUCCUGUUGUCCUGUGUCCAGUUUGGGGUGGUGCCUGUUGAGUGAAUUGGGGUGGUUUUCCUAAAAGAAAGUCCGAAUGCCUGGCUCCAUGGGAGGCCCUUAGGGCCUGGCAGUGAAGGACAACAGGUGUGCACAUUCCAGUCGUGGUGGGCAUGGCCAGCCUCUGCCCAGGAGACCCGUUGUAUUUCUGGAGCCUCUUACUCUGUGUGACCUUGGGUCGGUCACUCUCUCUGAGAUGGGGAGGUCUCAUGAGAUCAUGGCUCCGUGCUUGCACAGAGAAGCUGAACCUUGUGCAGUCACUGUCUUGAACUGAUAAAAAUGGCGGUUUGUAACCGAGCGGUAAGUGCUUGAUCGGGAUUAGCUGCCUGAUUUCUGUUGCCGCCAAAGUAGCCACAGCACUGUGAGAGAAGGUGGGGCGCUUCAUGCUGCUUUCCUCGCGGAUCCCAGCUUGCUCUUCGACAAACCUGAGUCCACUACCUCUGUCCUGUGCUUAAAAGACACGGCUUUUUGUUGUCCUCAGGGGAAAGCGCAUCUCCUCCCCGUGACCCUUGGCCCGGUGGCAUGAUCUCUGAGGAUCUCCCCCUGCGCCCUUCUCCACCCCCUGGGCUCCUUCUGUUUCCCUGUGCUGUCUGCAGCCUUGGGGGGACUCGCUGUGUGGUGCCGUCCCGCUGCCCUGGAGGCCUCGGCCUGGAGACGGCCACAUAGGCCCUCCCUGGUUGUGCAGGCCCCCUACCCCAUUUUCUCCCCUCAGUACUGUGCACAUCUGCUUGUUUGUUAUCUGUAUCCCCAACGAGACGGCUGACUCGUCAGGACUGGACAGGCAGAACCUGUUUGUCGAUUGACUGCUGUGCACCCAGUGCCUCUUGCCUCCCGGCCCAGAGCGGGUGCUCUACAGGCUGUCAGACAGGGAUGAAGUGCUGGGUGGCCCAGCGGGACCAGGCACCUUUGCUGGGUGUAGGCGGGGGGUGGGGGGGGUCUGGUUAACGCUGCUGCCUGAUGAGUCACCUCGACACUCAGUUCCUCAAAGCAGCCAUCGGUUUUUUUUUUUGGCGAUACACGGGCCUCUCACUGUUGUGGCCUCUCCUGUUGGCGGAGCACAGGCUCCGGACGCACAGGCUCAGCGGCCAUGGCUCACGGGCCCAUCCGCUCCGCGGCAUGUAGGAUCUUCCGGGACCAGGGCACGAACCCGUGUCCCCUGCAUCGGCAGGCGAACUCUCAACCACUGCGCCACCAGGGAAGCCCCAGCCAUCAGUUUUUAAUUACCUGUCACGGUUCUGAGGGCUGACUGGUCCCUCAUGUGGUUGCGGUUGGUUGGUGGCUGGGCUGAGCCAGCCCCAGUGGAGGGAAGCAUCCUCGCCCACGUGUGGCUGUGAUGCCGCCUGCUGGCGUGGCCUCUCCUUGUGGCUUGUGCUUCCUCACAGCAUGGGCGGCUGUGGGAACUGCACUGCAUUUCACAGCUUAGUCUUGGGGGUCACGUGGAAGCCCUCUCACCAGAGUCCCAGGCCCAGCCCUCGCACAGGGUGGGGAGGCAUGUCGGUGUCCCAUGCCUGGAGGAACGCCUGUGGGUGGCGUGCCUGGGCCUUCCCGCCCUGGGCUUGCUCCCUCUUCCACCCCACUCACCUUUGGGACCAAGUCCGUAGAAUGCUGUCUUCCUUCCUUCUUUCCUCCCCCACCCCCACACUUUUUUUUUCCUUCUUUUUCUUUUUAACCCAGAACGUGCUUAGUCAGCUCCUCAUCCGUUUCCUUCUCCCACCUUGGCAAAACAGGGGCCUUAGGCUUGGGCGGGACCAUCCAGGGUGCUGGAAACGGCGGGUGACUGACUUGACCUCUCUGAGCUGCAAGUCCCUUAUUUCUCUUAUGAAGAAAAUGAUUACACAACCUCUUGAGGACCCAGUGAGGAAAUCAGUGUGGAAAUUCCUACUAAACUUUUUCUAAAAUUUGAAAAUUUAGUUUAUUAACUAUUGUAUUCUAUAUAUAUUUUUUGUAAACAGCCUUACUGAGGUAUAAUUCAUUUACUAUACAAUUCAUUCAUUUUAAUGUGUGCGAUUCAGUGGUUCUUCGUAUAUUCAUAGAGUUGUGCAGCCAUCACCAGUCAAUUUUGGAACAUUUUCACCAGCCCAAAAGAAACCGUGCACUCAUUAGUCAUCUCUCCCCCAUCCGUCUCCCCAGCCCCUGACAACCAGGAACCGACUCUCUCUCUGCGCAUCUGCCUGUUCUGGACAUUUCCCGUCAGUGGAAUCGCACCCUAUGUGUCCUUCUGUGUCUGGCUUCUCACUGAGCAUCGUGUUCUCAAGGUUGUCCACGUGGUAGCGAGUGUCAGGGCUUCUCCUCUUUUCCUGGCUGAGUAAUACUCCAUCCGAUGGCCAUUUGGGUUCUUUCCUCCUUUGGCUGUUGUGAGUCAUGCUGCUGAGAACACUCGUGAACAGGUCUCAGCAUGGAUGAAUGUUUUUGUCUCUCUUGGGUGUUUCAGGGAGGAGAGGCUUAACUUUUCCCUCUACCCCCCCUGGGUCCCUGGCUGGGACUCCAUGGUUCAGGCUGACAAGGGCAGCUUUGGGAGAGAGAAAUAGGCAGCUUGUUAACCAGGUGGUGUGCGUCAUGCGGAAGAACCCGGCGAGGAGUCCCCAAAGGGGUGGUCAGGGCGCAGGAGUGUGUGAACAUCAGGGCGGUCAGUGCAGAGGGAAGGCCUUGACCUCUGGGGGCCGUGCCUUAUGGGUGGAGGGGAGUGGGGCUGGUCAGUAGACUGUGCUCUGCCUCGGGGCCGGGUCUGCUUUCUCACCUGCCUUCACUGAUGGUCACCCUGUGCCAGGGUGGCGUGUUGGGGGGCAUCCGGUGACACCCAGGUGUAUUCCCUGUGCUGUCCCAUUGCACGUCCCCUCCCUCAAGUGCCUGCAUUCCCUCCGCACUUGAUAGCAUGUGUCCUCCUGGUCACAGAAGUGGUGUCUGACAUGUGCUUAUUUGCUAUCCCUAAUGCUGAGCUUUGCUUCCACCUGCCGAUUGGCCAUUUGUGUAUCUCUUUGAAGGAAUGUCUAUUCAGAGACUUUGCCUGUUCGUCCCUUUAGAAAGGGACUGUAUGAUUUGCAAAUAUCUUUUACCGGUCUGUGAGUUGUCUUUAAAUUUUUAAUUUUGAUGAAGUCCAGUUUAUCUAUUUUUCUUUUGUUGAUUAUGCUUUUUGUGUCUUAUCUAAGAAACCAUUGCCUGGUAAGAAAGAUUUAUCACUAUGAUUUCUUCUAAGAGUUUUAUAGUGUUAGCUCUUAUAUUUGAGGUCUUUGAUCCAGUUUGAGUGAGUUUUUGUGUGCGGUGUAGGAUAGGAGUUGAAUGUUAUUAUUUUGCGUUUGGAUAUCCAAUUGCCCUAGCACUGUUUGUUGAAAAGACUGUUCAUUCUGCAUUGAAUUUUUCUGUCACCCCUUUAAAAAUUCGCUUGGCUGUAAAUAUAUGGGUUUGUGUUUGAAUUCUCAGUUCUAUUAAUUUGAUCUAAAUAUUUAGCCUUAUGUCAGCACCACACUGUUUUGAUUACUGCAGCUUUGGAGUACUUUUGAGACUGGGAAGUGUUCUUCCUUUUCAAGAUUGUUCUAGCUGUUUGGGGUCCCCUGAGUUUUCAUAUGAUUUUUGGAGUCUGUCAGUUUCUACAUAGAAGCCCAGUGGGAUUCUGAUAGGCAUUUUGUUGAAUCUGUAGAUGAAUUGGGGAGUAUUGACAUCUUAGCAAUAGUCUUUUGAGCUAUGAAUAUAGUAUGUCUUUCCAUUUAUGUAGAUCUUUAGUUUCUUUCAAUGUGUUUUGCACUUUUCAGAGUAUUAGUUUUGAAUUUCUUUUGCCACAUUUAUUCCUAAGUAUUUUAUUCUUUUUGGUGCUAUUGGAAAUGGAAUUGUUUUCCUUAUUUUCUUUUUGGAUUGUUCAUUGCUAGUAUACAGGAGUAAAGUUGAUUUUUGUAGAUUAUCUUGUGUCUUGCAGCCUUGCUGAACUCAUUUAUUAGUUCUGGUUUCUUUAGUGGAUUCUUUAGUAUCCUCUGUGUCCCAGGUCAUGACUUGCCUUUCCAAUUUGGAUUCCUUUUAUUUUACUUUCCUGUCCCGACUGCUGCCUCCUCCAGGACGACGUUGUGAAGAGACCGUGCUCUGGUUUUGGGGGAGGCGCUAGCCAUCUGCCUCAGGGGUGGCAGUAGCUGGGGUUUGGAUGGACGCCCUUUUCAGGAAGUUCCCUUGCAGCCUUCAUAUGUCGAGUGUUUUCAUCAUGAAAGGGUGUUGGACUCUGCUGUGUGCUGUCUCUGCAUCUGCUGAGAUGAUUUUGGUGUGGGUUUUGUGUUUAGCCUGUCGCUGUGCUGGUUGUGUUGGGUGUCACACCUGUGCUGCAUCCCUGCUCUGAGCCUCUCCUCAUUGGUGUGCAGUGUUCUCUGUAUGCCGUUGAACUCAGUUUGCUUGGGUUUUGUUGAGUUUUGUGUUUCUGUUUGUAAGAGAUAUUGGUCUAGUUUUCUUGUUCUUAAUAAAUUUUUGAACAUUGUGAUAAUGGUAGCUUUUUUUAAAGACAAUUAGAAAAAAGUUUAUUUACUUAUUUAUUUGGCUGCCCUGGGUCUUUGGUUGCAGCAUGCAGGAUCUUUAGUUGCGGCAUGUGAACUCUUAGUUGCGGCAUUUGGGAUCUAGUUCCCUGACCAGGGAUUGAACCCAGGACCCCUGCGUUGGGAGCGUGGACUCUCAGCUACUGGACCACCAGGGAAGUCCCAGUGGUAGCUGUUAUGAUGCUUUCAUUUGCACUUUUAAAAAAUUUGAGGUAUAACUUAUGUGCUUCAAAAUAUACCCAUCUAAAAUGUUUAAUUCAGUGAUUAUUAGUAUGUUCACAAAGUUUUGAGCCCUUCACUUUUGUCUGGAACAUUCCAUCACCCCAGAAAAACACCUGACCCCAUCAGCAGUCACCCCAGCCCCUGACAACCAGGAACCCACUGUCUGUCUGCGGAUUUGCCUGUUCUGGAUGUUUCCCAUCAGUGGAACCACACCCUGUGUGUCCUUCUGUGUCUGGCUUCUCUCACUGAGCAUCGUGUUCUCAGGGUCUGUCCACCUGGUAGCGAGUGUCAGUGCUUCACCCCUUUUCAUGGCCAAGUAAUAUUUUAUCAUAAGGAUGGACCACGUCUUGUUUAUUCAUUCACCUGGUGAUGGGCAUUUGGGUGUUUACACAUUUUGGCUGUGGUAAGUCAUGCUUCUGUGAACACCUGUGUACACCUUUUAUGGACACAUGUUUUUGGUUCUUUGGGGUGUGUACCUAGGAGUAGAAUUAAUUGCUGGGUCAUUUGGUAACUGUUUACUUUUGGAGGAAUUCCCAGAUUUCUCCAUAGUGGCUGUUUGCCUUUUUAAGACAAAGUUUCGGAGGCUGGUCCCUUGUGCAGUGGCUGUGGUGUCAGCACCUGGCUGCGGGGUGUGGCACCAGGGCUGUGUGUGGGCCUGGGUCACCUGGGCCCCGUGUCCUGGGCUGUGAUCAGCACUGCUGGUGGCCGGCCGUCCCAGGCUCCUCACGGUGCCCGUGGGUGCCGUUCCCGCCGCCGGCCCUAGGCCCUCCCUGCGUGUCUCCGCAGGGACGCUUGGACUCCAGCGCAGCUACACACCUGGCCCGCCUUGACCCCCGCCCCAGCCCGCGGAGGCCUUCUGUUACCUGGUGCCCCAUGCCCCCGGGGCUGGCUCUGACCCUCCACCGCCCUGUCUGGCAGCGGGGCCCUAAUCCUGCUCGUCUCCUCUGCAGGCCUCCUCGCUAGAGAGGCGGAGCCCUGGCCUGGCCUCUUGCCUCUCUCACAGCCUGUGCCCUGGGGAGCCCGGCUUGCAGACCACAGCAGUGGUGUCCAUGGGGUCCGCAGACCAUCAGUUCCACCUGGCGGAGAUCCUGUCUCGGAACUACGGUGUCCAGGAGGAGCAUGAAGGGGCUGCGCGGGGCCCAGAGAAGCCGGAGGAGGAGCUAGAGAAGGACUUCGUCUCCCAGAGCAGCGACAUGCCCCUUGACGAGCUGCUGGCCCUCUACGGCUACGAGCCCUCGGACCCCAUUUCGGAGCGCCAGAGUGAGGGCAGCGAUGCCACAACCAACCUCCCGGACAUGACCCUGGACAAGGAACAAAUAGCGAAGGAUUUGCUUUCAGGGGAAGAAGAGGAAGAAACACAGUCCUCAGCCGAUGACCUCACCCCAUCUGUGACCUCCCAUGAGGCCUCUGACCUUUUCCCUAAUCAGAGUGGACCCCGCUUCCUGCCUGAUGCAGACAAGGAGCCUGGCUCCUCCAGCUCGUCGGACACCGAGGAGGACCCGCUUCCCGCCAACAAGUGUAAGAAGGAGAUCAUGGUUGGGCCUCAGUUCCAAGCCGACCUCAGCAAGCUGCACUCGAACCGUCAGGGUGAGAAGCUCUAUGAGAAUGAAGACCAGCUGCUCUGGGACCCCAGCAUCCUUCCUGAGGGGGCGGUGGAGGAGUUCCUGUACCGGGCGGCGAAGCGGCGGUGGCGCGAGGUGGCUGAGUCUCAGCUCCCGGAGGGAGAGGCGGUGAAAGACAGCGAGCAGGUGGGUGGCCCUGGGGGCGGAGGAGCCAUGGGGCGGGGGCCAGUGUGGUUGUGUGAUUGUGACGAAUUCAAGGGAAACCACUUGUCCUGGGCAAUGGUGGCUCCCCUCCCCCAGGCACUGUAUGAGCUGGUGAAAUGCAACUUCAAUGCCGAGGAGGCCCUGCGGAGGCUGCGGUUCAACGUGAAGGUGAUCCGAGACGGGCUGUGCGCCUGGAGCGAGGAGGAGCGCCGCAACUUCGAGCACGGCUUCCGUGUGCAUGGCAAGAACUUCCACCUGAUCCAGGCCAACAAGGUGCGCACACGGUCCGUGGGCGAGUGCGUGGAGUAUUACUACCUGUGGAAGAAGUCUGAGCGCUACGACUACUUCUCCCAGCAGACGCGGCUGGGCCGCCGGAAGUACGGCCCGUCGGGAACCACGGACGCGGACCAGGACCUGGAUGGCGGUGACCCCGAUGGCCCUGGCCGCCCCCGCUCCUCGCCGCCCCUGCCUCUGCCUGCCACUGCCGACGGCCCGGGCCCUGAGCGGGACCCCCUGGCCCGGAUGCGCACCGAGCCCCUGAGCAUGGGCAGCAGCACGUCUGGGAGUCUCGGCGCGCCCGGGGAGGCCUCCGACAGCCCCCUGUCCUCGGAGCCAGGGCCCUGUUCGUUCCAGCCACCGGAUGUAGACACGCCCCCGGCCGUGCCCCUGCCUCGGCGGCCCCCAGCCCUGGCUGAGCCAGCCUUCUACUCCCCCACCACGGCCGCUUCAGAGCCUGGUGCCAGCCCGAGGCUGGCUGUGGACUUGGCCCUGCCCGGGGCCCUCCCCGAGGAGCUGCCCCUCAUCUCCAGCCACGUGGAUAUGGACGGAGAGCCCGAGGAGGCCGUGGCCCCCGCACAGGUGGCUUUGUCGGUUGCCGAGUUUGGACUCAUCGGCAUCGGGGACGUGAAUCCCUUCCUGGCCGCCCACCCCGCGUGCCCGGCCCCUGCGCUGCACUCGGAGCCCCUGUCACACUGUAACGUGAUGACCUGUUGAUCCCUGGCCACAGGCGGGCGUUUGUGGCCCAGAUUGGACUUGGGGCCGCUGUGAGGCCUGCCUGUCAGUCUUCCUGACCCUCCCCUCCUCGCGGGCCUCCGGUAGCUCCUCUGCUCAGAGCACGUCAAGGACCGGGCUGAGCGGUGGCCCCUCCCCACGCCACACACGCACCAGCACUGCUGCCUGGCUCCAGCCUCUGCGCCCACCACGGGACCCAUUGGGUGGCGGGGCGCGGAGGGCUGGCCCAUCCAGCCAGCAGAGGCGAGGAAGGCGGCCGGGCCCCGCCAGGGACGUGGGGAGGUGGGGCCGGACGCCGCCCCUACCAGCAGCAGCCUCCGCUGGCACCCUCGGCACUCUGCUCGCCUGUCUCCCUGCGCCUGGCCGGACUUCGGGCUGCCCCCGCCCAGGGCUCAGGGGGCAGCUGCUACUCGGUGCCAAACCCUGUGGGGCACAGAGCCAUAUACCUCGAUGUCGGCCCGCCCCGCCCUGACGUCCACCUGCUCUCUCCACUUCAGGAAAAGCCGCACUUUAUGCCCCCACCCCACCCCCACCUCCACCCCGGGGCCCCCGGCAGCCUCGGACGUGGGUCUGAGGACGCAGAACUCACAGCCCCUUGGUACCGAGGCCUGUCGCCUGCCGCACUGAGGGGCCCGGCUCCAGCCCGUUUCCCUGACCCCCUAGGUCGUGUUUCUGUUGAGGCUUCCUAGCAAGGUGGCUUGGGGGCCUGGGCCUUCUCCUCUCCAGCCUCCUCGUUUUAUUUAUGUUUCUGUUUACAAAUCGGAGUGGGGUCCUCCAGGGGCAGGGCAGCGCUCCCGGCCCCGGUGUCACCAAGGGGGGCUUUGGCUCGAGCCCGUCCGCAGGGCUGGACUCGACCUUCCCUCGGCCCACCAAGGACCACACUGUGAAGUGACAACUGCCUUGAUCCCCUUGCUGUUUUAUUUAUUAAACUUGAUUUGAAGCCCCG